AUGAAGCUUGCUUCCCUAUUUCUCAACGCUCUUUGGCGUGUCCAGCAGCCUGUCAGCACACUUGUGCAGACAGGCAAAUGCCCGCUGGCCUUCUCCACGUCGUGGGAGGUCAUGGGUCCCUUCCAAAUAGAAGCAACGUGGGGCGCCGACCCACUUGAAUUCUUUGGUGGCUUCCGCUCCUUGAAGUAUAAUGAAAAUGCAAGGUUUCCAAGCUCUCUGGCCCCUAAUGCAACGGUAUCCUGGUCCACCACUACAGCUCAACACUCGUCUUGCGAUACUUUGUCCGCUCGGGUUGGUCUGUCUGUAGCAUUUCCUGACAUCGAUCUGGACUUCCUCCAACGAAUCUACGGUUGGGCAGCUCUUCAAUACCAAGGCUGGGCUCGAGGCUUCCUCCACGUCAGUGACGAAGAGCCCCUCACUCUGACUCUUGCAACAGACAAUCUGCUCGAGUUCUACCUCGAUGGGAAACAUCACUUCGGCGGAGAUUAUUAUGCUUUUCGGAGAGCGCCAAUUGUGCUAUACCUCGAGCCAGGAGACCACAUUGUUGACUUGCGAUUCGUCCGCGAUGUGCGAGUCAUGGGUGGCAUUGGUUCUCCGACAAUCGAUAUACAGCUCGAAGCACGAUCUUCGACCCGGGACCUUCACAUCGCUGCAGACGAUGCUCUCAUGCCUGACCUGGUCAAUGGACGUUUGGCAAGCAUGUUGGGUUCUAUUCAGGUUCGUAAUGACCAUGUGCAUGACAUUGAGAUUUUCGCAAUCUCUGCGAACGAUACCUCUUACUUUGUGUGGCUCUUGCAACCUGAUGAGUUCUUGAUUGUCGCUGGACAGACCAGACCUGUUGCUGUGGCUAUCUCAUGCAAGACGAACUGCGGUCCAUACCUCGGUAUUGACGUAGAGUAUGGUAUCGUUGGUCAGAGUCGGUCUCAAGCUUCCGUGUUGCAUCUUGAUCAUCACUUCGCUCAGCGGGAAAUGUAUGAACCACUGAAGGUGACUUUUUAUCAUCCAGCUGGAAUGGUAUCUUAUGCGAUUCUGAAGCCUCCACCAUCGAACAUCUCCUGUCCUCUAGACUUGGAGGGAUCGUUGCCGGUAUUCUUGCAGUUGCACGGCGCGGGCGUAGAGGCUGACAAUGAAAUCGUGAGGCAUGCUUUAGAUUCGGUGGACCUCUGUGCUUGGUCUUUGUUUCCCACUGGAUCAACUCCAUGGAGUGGUGACGAUUGGCAUGUUUGGGGCUUCGCUGAUGUAGAGGCUGCUAUUGAGGCAAUCCCUGCAUGGAUAGAGAGCAUCGGGUGGGACGGUCCCGGCGUGAAUACAAAGCGUUGGCUUGUUGCUGGUCAUUCCAAUGGUGGGCAAGGAACCUGGUAUGCUUUGACGCAUCGCCCCGACAACGUGUUCGCGGCUGCUCCUAUAUCUGGCUAUUCAUCCAUACAGAACUAUGUGCCGUACGAUCUUUGGCAGCCAAUGCCCCCUUCAGUACGUGCCCUGUUGGAUGCGUCGUUGAGCAGUCACCGGCAUGAGCUGUUGCUGGACAACGUGAAGGGUAUUAGUAUCCUGCAACAACACGGAAGCAUAGACGACAACGUUCCCGCUUUCCACUCGCGGCUGAUGAAUCAAUUGAUCAACACGCAGGGCGCAAACGCAUCGUAUAUUGAGCUCCCAGGAAAGAAUCACUGGUUCGAUGGGAUCAUCACCACGCAGCCCUUACGCGAGUUCUUCGAACAAGAACUCAACAACUUCGCACAGCUCUUACGUGCUCCUGAAGCUUUCACCCUAACGGUCGUAAAUCCAGCAGAUUCGGGUCCAAAGUUCGGAGUGGAGAUCCUCUAUUUGCGUCGUCCAGGCCAGCCAGGAAAGGUCCAUGUAUCCUUCUCUUCGUCGGAUUGCAUUCUCCAAAGCUCCAACGUUCUGAGCUUGCGCUUGCCCGACAUUUAUCCAAGAACACAUGGCAUUGUUGUCGACAAUCAAAGGAUAGACUUGUCUCUCCAGGCUAAGAGCAGUGAUCUGUGGCUUUUCCCAGAUGGCACCUGGAAGAUUCUUUCAGAACAUCAAUUAUUGGCAUUGCGAGACCAGAAUCAGCUAGGCGGCAUGGAUGCCAUAUUCCGCACUCAGAACACUCUCCAAAUCAUAAGCCACUCUCAGGAAUGUCGCCAUACUGCUGUCCAGAUAUCCCGUAAUUUCUGUCAAUACCUCGGUGCCGACACAGAAGUCCUGGAAUCUGGUUCAAAGCCAGCAAAGCAAUACAGCAACGUUGUUCGUGUUGUCCGCUCGGAUAAUCCACCCGCUGGCCAUCUUGAGGACUUUGCUCUCCAGGUAGAUUCUUCCACCGGCAUCAGUAUACGCACAUCGAGCGGCCAGAUCAAGUAUCCCAGCUCGGCAGGUUUAGGUGCCAUAUUCCUAAGACCGCUGCCAGCAGGAGCGGUGGAGUUGGUGGUAUGGGGUCAUGAUGCAGACGGAUUGGACGUAGCAUCACGCCUUGUACCCAUGCUUCCAGGGGUUGGGCAGCCAGACUUUGUUGUAGCAGACAGGCGGAUGCUCUUGGAAGGUGCAGGCGGUGUCCUGGCAAUGGGAUCUUUUGAUCAUCUGUGGAACGUAACAGAGAACUCAUACUUUACUUGA